AUGGGUGCAAAUAUUGUCCCAAGUGUUGAAACUUCCAGUACUGCUGGCGGCGACAUUGCCAUUGAUCUUGCUAAGCUAGAUCAACAAUACGCGCCCCAGUCUCACGACUUGAUCACUCUGCCCUACAGAGGGUCAAUCCCAGUAACAGCUCCAGUUUACCCGAGAGCUAUUGCCGCUGCAGAAACUCCAUUCCCUGCCGCAGGCACUGAACCAAUGGUGCCCCGCCAGCAAGAAGCUGUCGGUUCGGCGCCGAUCAAUAACGGGACCCAGGACCCGCAACCUCAGAGAGAAGUGGCCAACAUCGAUGCCAAAAGGGCGCAGGCCCGGCGUCAGGCAAAGCUGGCUAUCAUCUCUGUUUCCAUCAACCUGGCUCUAUCUACUGCAUCAGGCUUAAUUGGGGGUUUUCUUCUCCACGAUGCGAACCUGGGAGUUGGCAUUGGAGGAAUUGUGCUAGCUGUACUGUUGGCUGUAUCUGCCAUUCUACUUUUGCUUCUACAGUAG